GUACUCAACUUAGGCCCAUUAAAUAUUCAGUUCAACCAGUUGAUUCAUACAGCUUUCGUUUUGAUCUUCCAUUGGAACAACCCAUUCUUAUUUUGGAAAGUGAAAUGUCAUUAGUACUUACAUCCAAUUUUAUGCAGAAUUUGCAAACUCAACAAAAUAACAACCAUAUUAUAAUUCUGUCUACAACUGAAUAUCAUUCAGAGAUGCAGUUUCAAAUACUAAAACUCUUAAAAAAUCUGAAAAGUGAUUCAGAAGAUGGACUUCAUGGAAGGGAUGUUGGACCAUUUCCACCAUUUCCCUUUGGUGUUUCUAAUGUGCAAAUAGCAGAAGGAGAUUUUUGGGGUCAAGGAAUAAUUAUCAAUUACUCAGUAAUUAUCAAGACAUAUAUUGGAAUGAAAAAGGAAGAUAUGGAAAGGGUCAAAUUAUUCUAUGACACUACAAAAGGGACACAAUACUUAGAAAAAGCAGUGAAAUAUGUCAUUAAAGUCAAAGAUGAUGAAUCUGAAAUGUUAACAUUAUAUUUAACUCCAGUAGGAGUAAAUAGGAAGCCAGAUUCAAUUGGAAAAUUACAUAUUGCAAUGUUCAUUGUGUUUAUAAUGUUCAUCAAAGAGGUUGAUGCAGGUGAAUUUGCACAACACCAUGGAAAGGCUAUUCACAGCAACAUGCUUUGUAUUUUUGAUCCAGUCACUGUUGAUUCCUGUAAACCUGCCACAGACAUUUAUAUGUUGAUUAAAAUGAUGGAGGAUACAGAAAAUAUGUGGCAUGGUAAUCCUCAUG